AUGUCCACUCUGAAAGAUACCGACCAGAGACUUGCUCUUGGAAGGCAAGAGGCUAGCGAUGGAUUCAAGGACCUCAGGUUGGGAAAUAGCGCCAUAUCUACGCAAGUAGAAGACCUUCGUCAGGAACUUCGCCAGGAAAUCCAGCAAAUCGCCCGUGAGCAAGAGGCUGUUGGUGCACAGCAGGCAAACUUCUUAAACAAGGUUCAAGCAAGCUUUGAGGACCAAAUGAAGGAUGCUCGGGUAUCUGUGGUCAAGUCUCGACGCCCGCGAAAAGCGUCAAUCGACCCAGGAACCAUCCAGGAGCAACUUAUGUAUGAGCCAAGACUUUACGAACGAGGUCUUACCUCAUGUCAGAGAAUCAUCCGAGAUCCCCCCCUCGCUGAAGAGCACAGGGCAGCGACAAUCUUUCAGCACCAACGGCUUAUGGCGUGGCUAACAAAUCCAGUACCCGACUUGGUCGUCGUUAAUGGGAAUGCCGAAAACAACGCAGCAAUGUCUUACGUUUGUGCCCAACUCAUUUUGUCACUUGCCAGCACCGAUGAUUCCAUAAUUCCAGUAUACUUCUUCUGCGGCGAGCACAUCAACUGGCGAAAGGAUCCGAACGCUCAUCCCGUCUCACUCAUGCACGGCCUCAUUGGUCAGUUACUCUCUCAGUGGCCGCCUUCCAAAAUAUCUUCUGUCAAAGGUCUAUCAGACAAGAUCCAGUCCGACGAGCCCCUUGUGCUCUGUUCAGUUUUCAGCUCGCUCAUCUCCCCACUGCCGGAUACAGCCAUCGUGGUUUGUUUCAUCGAUGCCAUCAGCUAUUUCGAAGACAAUGAGCGUCGGAAAAAUGCCUGUGCAAUCGCCAGGAGCCUCAACAAAGUUGUAAAGCUGGAUGAGGGCCCGUUGCUCAAAGUGCUUUGGACUAGUCCUUCUACAUGCCGACAUAUCAUUCACUACGUGGAUAAAGCAGAAACUAUCAAUAUCGCGGCCGUCUGUCCGCCCCAAGCUGGGCAUCGCCAAAUAGCUAUCUAA